AUGGAUGAACGUUGCAAGUCGUUUAACUACAACGACUGCAACAACAAGUGCGAGUUGAACCUUGCCACAAGACGAGAGCAUCCCGAAGACUUCAAUGCAACUCAAGGGAGUGUGUACUUUGAUGCAGAUGAGGACACAUCUCUCUACUCACUGGCUGAUAGCUCCUUUAGUUACUAUCAACUGAGUUGCAAAAGGCUCUUAGAUGCCGGUAAUCGUUCAAGCGGUAUCUACACAAUCUACCCAGAUGGAUUUUGUAAAGGCGGUCUUCGCGUCUACUGUGACAUGGAAACUGACGGCGGGGGGUGGAUCGUGUUUCAGAGGCGACAAGAUGGCAGCGUGGACUUUUGGCGUAACUGGAACGAGUACCUGUCUGGCUUUGGCAAUCUGUCCGGUGAGUUCUGGUUGGGCAACGACAACUUGGUGACUCUGACGUCUGAUGAUUCACAAGGAACAUGGGAGCUACGAGUUGAUUUAGGGGACUGGGAAGGCAAAACAGUUUGGGCAAAGUACACCGAUUUUAAAAUAUCUCGUGGUAGGCGGUAUAAGUACCGUCUGAAAUAUGACUUUUACGAUAUGAACAGCACCGCUGGCGACUCUCUUGCCUACAGCAAGGGUAAGGCUUUUACAACAAAGGAUAAAGACAACGACAAGUGGGCGUACAACUGUGCAGUUUACCACAAAGGAGCCUGGUGGUUUGAUGGAGCGGGUGCUACGCACUGUAUGAUGUCUCACUUAAAUGGUAUCUAUUACCCAGAUCACCAAAAACCGGGUGCUGACUGGGGAGUCCAUUGGUUUCAUUGGAAACCUAAAGAUUACUCCUUGAAAACUUGCAGCAUGAAAAUACGUGAAGCAUAA